AUGUCAGGUGCAACACGUCGAUCCUCAGCAAAGGACACAAAGGAUGCGCUACCUCCCCUUCCCAAAUCAACCUCACCAAUGAAAAACAAAGACAACGCGUCUCAGUCUCAGGAGAUGGACCAAUCUCAGAUAUUAAGGAUAAAAAGACUGGGUGUAGAUCCGAAUCUGAUCCUCAGCGAUGCAAGCGGUAGACCAAAGAGGAAGCGAACACAGAGUCAAGAGCCUGAACAACCACAUGGACACGGGUCAACAGUAGCGGAUGAGAGAGAUCCCAAAGAUCCUGUCAGAGCAACGGAGUUGGGAUAUGUGAUCUAUAGGAAAAUAAUGGAUGCGAAGAGCUCAGAAGGAGAAGACAUGGCCCAACCGUUCGUCAAGCUACCAAACAAGAGAGCUUUCCCGGAUUACUACGCGACCAUCAAACAUCCCAUGAGCUUGGAGAUAGUACACAACAAACUUGAAGCUGGAGAAUACCAGACACUGAAAGAUGUUUGUGCGGACUUAGGACAGAUAUUCAACAAUGCCAAACGAUAUAAUGUCAGAGAAUCGUUGAUCUUUCAGUAUGCGAAGAAACUACACAAAAUGACAAGGGUAUACUACACCACCAUCACCUCUCCAGACAAGGUCAAGGAAGAAUCUGAUUCCGAAGGAGAACAUGACCUUCCAAGAGGAGCUACUAUGCAACCUACAGCAUCUGCGGAGGGGUAUGCCGAAGCCGAAGCCGAUGCUGAUGCAGAUGGGGAAGAUGUAGACGAGGAUGCAGAGGGUGAAGCAGACCUGGAAGGUGAUGUGCACAUGGCCGAUACACCCAAUAAGAUGGAAGGUGAUGGGAACGAAUCUUCUUCGACGAAUCCGGUAGGAGCAGCAGGAGGGGUACCGGAGAAGGUGAAGAGGUCAAGGAGGAGAGGACAGUAUAUGAAAGAUGGUCCAUCGGUUUAUAAGUUGAUCAAACCUGUUUUGAGAGCAAUCAAAGAAGCUAGGGCGAAAGAUGGGAGUGGGAGAGAGAUCGCCGGGAUAUUCUUGCAGUUGCCUUCGAGAAGGGAUUUUCCAGAUUAUUAUAGGACGAUCAGAAAUCCUAUAUCAUUGGAGGAGAUAGAGACCAAGCAAGUAGGCAGACGAUACGAAUCAUUCCACGAGUUCGUAGAUGAUAUUGACCUAAUGUGUCAGAAUGGAAUGGAGUACAACGAAGAUGGCAGUGAAGUAUAUAGGGAUGCUCAACAGAUUAGGGAAAUCCUCUCAUGGCAUCAAAAUGUACAAAGACCCUCAUACCCUCCUCGACCCUCUUCCAUCACACCUAUCCCAGCUCGAAUUUCAGUGGUUCCGGGUCAAUCUCAAUAUUCCCCUUCUCCCUCUGCAUAUUCCCAAUCGCCUGCAGGAUAUCCAGGUGGAUUACCUAUGCCCAUGACUGCUUCACCCUCACCUUAUCCUGCUGGUCCGUCUCAACCUCCGAUUCCAGGUCUUCCUGGCCAAGGUCAAGCACCCAGGCAAUACCUCCCUGCUUUACCUCCUGGUGUAGUGACCGAAGAAGUAGUAGCUUCAUUGGAGCGGUACCCGAUGUACGAGAGACAAGCUUGGGCGCAGACUUUACCACCCUUGGCUAUGAAUGUCUAUAGGUCUAUGGUGGCUACCAACGAAGCUAGGAAAAGGGGUCAAUUACCUGCGCAACAGUAUCCUCAGCAGAUACCACACCAACAGCAACAACAAUACCAACGUCAACCUCAGCCUCAUCAUCCUCAGAUUCAGCAACUACCUCAACAAUUUCCUGUCCACCAACCAUCACCUCAUCAUCCCCCUCGUCCAGAACCACAUUCUAGACCGAGUUAUAGUCAUCCUCAUUCUAGUCCUCAUACUUCUACACCGCAAAUAUCCGCACCCGCUCCUACUCAGAAGAUUGAAAGACCAAAACCACCUAUACCAACGAUCAAAUACAUCGAUUUUACUUUCCAUUCAGCGUCAUCUCCUGAUCGAUCAGAGUUGGAGUUGACAAAACAGACCAUAAGAAUCAAGAAUCUACGAGGAGUCAUCACUCAUUCCGUUUUACUGAAUUCGACAACUAGUGAAAUUGAAUUGACAGCUUUUAUCGAUGAUUCUUCAACGACAACGACGAAAGAAGUGAAUGGUAGCGAGAUUGGAACUGCCCCGCAGCCUGUGGCUACGUCCACACCUGAAUUGAGUUUGAGGAUUAACGGGAAUCAAGGCUCGUUACCGAAAUUUAUAUUCGACAAUACGACGGAGAACGACAACGAUGGAAAAGGGAAGCCUAAAGCUAUGAAAUGGAAUUUACACGUUUCGACAAACAAGGUUGAAAGUAGGAUUGAGAUUGUCGCUACUAAGCCUGGUAUGAUGGCAGAGACUACUACAAUAUUUGUUAGUAGGCAGUUUUAG